UAGAUAGCUGUGUCUUUAUCGAUCGUAUUCAAAAUGACAAAAAUAUUAAAGAGUCUGGGAAUGUGCAUGUAUAUAUCACAUAUUAAUAUUGGCUUUCAACCCAGUUGACAAACAGUAAUGUUUUUGUUUAGUUUAAUCCAAAUGCGGAUUUUGAUACUGCUAUCCAUUUCCGCGGAGCUGGCGCUGACUGCUUCCAUAAAUGGACGAUUAUCCAACGAUGACGAUUUCAAGAGUUAUGGAAAAAAUGUGGAGCAUCAAGAACCGGAAGAAAGAAGAGACUAUAACAUUCUAAGUGGAUUUCCAGAUAAGCCUAAAGAGGUAGCCCUUCCUUCAACGGUUGAUCUCUUCAACGAAUUUGAACCAAGCUUAACCGACAAACUCCAUGACCUAACACCACUGAAACAUAAUCAUCAUAACGCUGCUACAGCGCCAGGAGUUCCAGAUGAGUCUCAAUUAUCAGCACUGACCUUGAUCCCGACAAAACAUAUCUUCCCGGAUCAACCAGAUCACCCCGUGAAAUCACAACGUUCAAAAAAGCCUGAUCAUUCAGGGAAACCAGACAAACCUGGUCAUCAAGAGAAACCAGACAAACCUGGUCAUCAGGAGAAACCCAACAAGCCUGGUCAUCACGAGAAACCGAACAAACCUAGUCAUCAGGUGAAACCGGACAAACCUAGUCAUCAGGAGAAACCGGACAAACCUGGUCAUCAGGAGAAACCAAAAAAACCUGAUCCUGAUCAUUUAGAAAAACCCAAGAAACCAGGUAAUAAUUACAAAUCAGAGAAGUCUGAUACUUCAGAUAAACUAGAGAAGCCAGGCCACCACAAAGAAACAGAAAAAUCAGAGAAAUUGAGUCCUCUAGAGAAACUUGAGAAACCUGGUCAUCACGAAAAACCAGAUAAGCCUGAUCAUUUAGAGAAACUAGGCGCUCACGAAAAACCAGAGACGCCUGACCAUUCAAAGAAACCAGGUCAUCACGAAAAACCAGGGAAACUUGAUCAUUUAGAGAAACCAGGACAUCACGAAAAACCAGGGAAACCUGAUGAUUCGGAAAAACCAAAGAAACCAGGACAUCAUGAAAAACCAGAGAAACCUGAUCAUUUAGAGAAACCAGAGAAACUAGGUCAUCACGAAAAACCAGAAAAACCUCAUUCAGAGAAACCAGAGAAGCCAGGCUAUCACGGAAACCCAGAUAAACCGUAUCAUCCAAAGAAACCAGGUGAUCAUGAAAAACCCAAGAAACCUGAUCAUUCAGAGAAACCAGAGAAACCUGAUCAUUCAGAGAAACCAGAGAAACCUAGUCAUCACGAAAAACCAGAGAAACCUGGUGAUGAAAAACCAGAGAAACCUGGUGAUGAAAAACCAGAGAAACUUGGUGAUGAAAAACCACAGGAACCUCAUCAUUCAGAAAAACCAGGGAAGCCAGGUCAUAACGAAAUACCAGGGAAACCAGGUGAUGAAAAACCAGAGGAACUUGAUCAUUUAGAGAAACCAGAGAAACCUACUCAUUCAGAGCAAUCAGAGAAACCAGGAAAUGAAAACCCAGAGAAACCCGAUCAUUCAGAGAAGCCAGAGAAACCUGGUGAUGUAAACCCAGAAAAACCUGAUCAUUCAGAGAAACCAGAGGAACUUGAGAAGCCAGGUGAUGAAAAACCAGAGAAACCAGGCGAUCAUGAAAAGCCAGAAAAACCUGAUCCUUCAGAGAAACCAGAAAGCCCUGAUAAUUCAGCACAUCCAAAUUUGUCCGAAAAUCCAGAUAAACCAGAGAACGACGCCUACGGUUUACCUGGCCCAGAGAAACCAAACCAUCCUUAAUCAACCUCAACAGAAUCCAUUCUUGAAAAGCCAGGGAAACCAACAUAUGGCCUAUCAAUUCACAGAGAGUACAGUUGACUCAGCUGAUAAACCGCUUAACACGAACAGCCUUGUCCCGGCUCAGAGCUCAAACAACACAGAACCCACCCAGGCGAACCAAUAAACGGUCCUAGCGCCACGGAAAACCCAGCUGCGAUUGUGGACGAAUCAUUUCUAUCAUACGACAAAAUUAUGCAGGAUUAAAAAAAAAAAACAAAAUGUGUGCAAUUCACACGUGGUAGAAGUGAAACCUUCCAAAAUUAAAAUACAAUUAUCCUAAACGUCUUAAGUAUAUGUAAAAUUUUGUCAUUAGUAAAUAAUUGUAAGGUAGCGCCCUCUGUGAAUUGAUAUUUUAAUUUCACGUAUAAUCCUAAAUUAAAAUUCACUACAAGAGCUUUCAUACACACGUUAGUAUUAAAAAAUCUCACAGAUGGCUGUAUUAAAUGGUAUGUAUAUUUCUGUCUCAUUCUUUGUAUUUGUGUCUCUUACCUGUCGUUUUUUCCGUUGCAUCCGGUUUGAAAUCACAACGAUUCUAAAGAAGUUUUCACUUCAAUAUCGAGCAGUUUGUACUUAGCUUCCAAUGCUUGAUUUUUUCUUUCUUAUCUCUGAUUAUUUGUUAGCUUUCAAUACUUCAGUUUACGAUUGUUACGAAGUUUAAAUUAAAUAUUUAUUUAUUGUGAAAA